CCGCUCUCUUUCCCUCCCCCGGACAGAGCGGGCUGACGCGGCGGAGCGUUUCUGUCUCUGAGUGAUGGCGGCGGUGGGGAUGUCAGAGUCUGAGAAAGAGGGAGAGGCGUCCGCGACGUGUUCUAAGGCAGAGCCGGCCGAGUCCCGAAAACUGUCCGACAUCUUCGAGAGCGGUUGGAAACUGCACGAGGAGGCCGAGAGCAGCAACGAGCCGUCCAACUCGGACACCUACCAACGCAAAGUGCGGCGAGGGGUGGAGCUGUUGGAGCAGGCCACCCGAAUGGUCAACCAACUGGACCUUUUCAGUCGAAAUGAAGAGCUGGAAGAAAUAGCCACUGCAGAUGUUAAAUAUCUGUUAUUGCCUGUGCUCCUGGGAGCGCUCACAAUGAAAUUAGGAAAUUCUGCUAAGCGACUGGAACAUGUACAGAAAGCCCAGGUCUAUUACAUGGACUUCUUAAAGCGUUGCAAAGAUUACAAUAUUAUGAAAUUUGAAAUCCCUCAAAAAGUAGAGAACAACGAAGAACAUAAUGAGUCAAAUGUUACCAGUAGUCCUGGUGUCUGCAGUCAAUCCAGUUUACUCUCCAUGGCAAGUAAAAGACAGGCUAAAAUUGAAAGGUAUAAUAUGAAGAAGGAAACUGAAGCCCAAUUGAAGGAGAUUAAAUCUGUUAUCUGCAGUGGAAAGGCAGAUGAUGAGCAAACGAGAAAAUUCUAUCUACUGAAUUUGCAGCAUUGGAUAAGCACAAGUCUAGAAGAGAUUGAGAGUAUAGAGCAAGAAAUUCAAAUUUUGAAAAGAAUGGAGGGAACAAAACGGCCUCAGGCCACUCGACCACAAAGACCUCCCAUGAAACCGUUUAUCCUUACUCAAGAUGCAGUCCAAGCCAAGGUGUUUGGUGCUGGUUACCCAAGUCUUCCUACUAUGACUGUUGAUGAUUGGUAUGAACAACAUAAGAAGCAGGGUGCUCUGCCUGAUCAGGGUAUUCCAAGAAGCUGUCCAGGUGAAGAGGGCAAUCAAGAUCAAGAGGCAGAGAAUGAUAACGAGAGUGAUGAUGAACAGGCCUUGAAAAUCGCACGUGACAAGGAUGACUGGAAGGACACACAUAGGCGUGGAUAUGGCAACAGGCAGAACAUGGGCUAGCCUUUCUACUCAGAUAACACUGCUUUCUUAGGUGCUUGUGAAAUUGCACUGAGAGUCGGAUGCUGCACCAAUGCUCAAAUGGAUUUGGCAACCAUGCAGAGUAUAUUCCUCUGUCUCUUGUCUGAGAAUGUCACUGGUUUCUGAGUUGUCAGCAAUUAUGUUGUUGCUGCUUUUAAAAAAAUUCGGUGACCGUAUUGUGAUGCUUAACUUUAACAGUCAGGCACUUGUUGCUUUAUGCCAUUUAAAACGUGCAUUUUCUCAGUGUAUGGAAAGAUAAAUGGAGGAAUGGCUUUGGGUGGGAGAAAUGUGUAUACUGCACAGAUGUCUCAUUGCCACUUAUUGAGAUGUUUACAUAAGUAAUUGCCUUAGUGGAGUUCUUCUGAGUUGCAAUUAUAUAAAUACAGUACAAUUGCUAAAUGUAAUAUUAACAACAUUGAAUACAUUUUAAUCUAUAGCUCCUAACUGUUUUCAUUCUCCAAAUUAGGAGUUCAGAUCUCUUUGGCAACUUUCCUGAGUGGUGUUUUAAAAAAAACUAGAUGCACCAGAUGAAUUCUCAAGCUAUAAUUAAUCCCUGAUUUGAUUAGUUUUUUUGUCACAUGAAUUCAUGUAACUUGUCUGUAUUCAAUUUAGCAUUUGUAGAAAAUGUUUUACUGCUCUUUCAGAGUCCUUGGAAUUGACUUAAUUUUAAA